AUGAUCUUAGUAAAUAUAACGAUGCAAUUAAUUGCUAUGAUAUAGCAAUCAAAUUAGAUACUAAUAAUGCAUUAGCCUAUAUUAGUAAAGGUAAGUCAAUUUUUUGAUUUUCAUAGGGAAUUUCUUAUAAAAUCUUAAAAAAUACAACGAUGCAAUUAAUUGUUAUAAUAAAGCAAUUCAACUCGAUCCUAAUGAUGCAAAAGCUUAUAAUAAUAAAGGUCAUUUAAUUUAUUGAUUUUAAUUGGCUUUUCCUUAUAAAGUCUAAAAUAAUAUAACGAUGCAAUUAAUUGUUAUAAUAAAGCAAUUCAACUCGAUCCUAAUGAUGCAAAAGCGUAUAAUAAUAAAGGUCAUUUAAUUUAUUGAUUUUAAUUGGCUUUUCCUUAUAAAGUCUAAAAUAAUAUAACGAUGCAAUUAAUUGCUAUGAUAAAGCAAUACAACUUGAUCCUAAUUAUUCAUAAGCUUAUAAUAAUAAAGGUUAAUCAAUUCUUUGAUUUUAAUAGGUACUUCCUUAUAAAAUCUAAAACAAUAUAACGAUGCAAUUAAUUCAUAUGAUAAAGCAAUCCAACUGAAUCCUAAUUAUACAUCAGUCUAUAUUAAUAAAGGUUAAUCAAUUUUUUCAUUUUAAUAGGCGCUUCCUUAGAUGAUAUUGGUAAUUAUAACGAUGCAAUUAAUUGUUAUGAUAAAGCAAUCCAACUGGAUCCUAAUUAUGUAUCAGUCUAUAUUAAUAAAGGUUUAUCAAUUUUUUCAUUUUAAUAGGUUAUUUACUAACUCAAUUGAAGAAGUAUUAAUAAGCCAUAGAUAAUUAUGAGCAAGCAGUUUUAUAUUGCAAAUUAUAUUAGAAUGAGUUUAGACAAUUAAUUAAGGAAUUAAGAAAUAAGAAAUGA